AUGUAAAAAUUAACUCUUGAAAAAUAAAUAAAUCUUUUAGAAAGAGAAGUCUAAUCCAAAUAAAAUAAGAUUGAAGAAUUAACAAAGUAAUUAUAAACAAAUUUCUAGAACAGCCAAUUAAUAGUAAAAGAAUCUUGAUAAAUAAAAUACAUAAAUUAGAGAUUUGUAGGAUGUCUAAAAAAAUAUGUCAACAUAAUUAUUUGAUAUCAAAUAAGAGAGAGACAGUCUAAAAUAUUUAAAUGAAAUAAAGGAAAAAUAAAUUUAAAGUUUAUAAGAAUAAGUUUUAGUAAAAAAUCAUGUAGCAGAUGUAAUUUAUAUUGUUUAAUUUAGACCUAAUAAUUGAAACAUGAAUUAUAGUAAUAAUACAAUCAAAUUCUUGAAUUGUAAUUGGAGCUUUAAACUGUUAGAAACAAUUUAGAACACUCGGAAUUAGAGCGCCAAAACUUAUCGAAUGAGUUAAAAACGAAGGCUGUUAGUUAAGUGGUCUAUAUUUAGAAUAAAAUCAACAACACUCCUUUACAAAUUUAUAAUCAACAUCUUGAUUAAUUUGAUGAAGAACGAAAAUAAUAUUAGAGACAAAUUCAUUAGUAUUAAAUGCAUGAGAACAAGAUAAGUAUGAAAGAGAUGUAAUAUUAGAGAUUGAAAAUUAAAAGACAAUAGAUAAACUAUAAUCCAUCAUUACUAAUUUUGAGGAAGAAAAAAAGAAUCUUUAGGAAGAACUUAUGACAUUAAAAUAAAUGAUGGAAAUGUAUUAACUACAAGCCUAGGAUGAGAUAUCUAAUUAAAAGAAAGAAGAAGAACUUAAAUUAUAAAAUGAUCGAGAAAUGAGAACUAUUUUGGAAAACAAAGAUAAAUUGAUAUCAGAUCAAGAAAAAGAAAUCUAAAGAUUACAUAAACGUAUUAGUCAAUCACCUGAAAUGAGUUUAUCUACUAUUAAUGAUAUGUUCAAUAUUAAUGUGGAUGAUAUAGUAGAUUUAAAAAUUAAAAUUAUGCAAUAAGAAAAUGAUAUUAAAUUACUUUAAGAUUAGAUUGUUAAAGAAUAGUAAGAUAAAAGAAAUAUUCAAGAACAUAUUUAAAGAGAAUUGAAUGUUGUUUCUUAAAAGAAGUAAGAAUAUUUAUAAUCUAUUUCAUUUUCAGAAUUAUAGAAAUAAAAAUUAGAAACAGAAAUCUAAUAAAAUAAAAUUCUAAGAGACAACUUAUCUAAAUUAUAGACAGAAUUAAAUUAAUUUAAGAUAAAAGAUUAAAUAUAAAGAAAUGAAAUAGAUAGAUUAAGAUAGGAUAAUCUUAAUUAGAAAGCAUCAAUUGUAGAAUCUGAAAAAAAAGGAUCAAUUAAUAGAUCAACUAUUCAAAGUGAAUCAAUUAUAAUGAGUUAAGAAUAUAAUAAGAAUCCAAUCAAUUAGGUUAAACAGUUUGAGAAAUUAACCUAAGAAAUUUUAAACUUAAAACUUAUUAUUAAUAGAAAAGAUGAAGAAAUUAUUAAUUUAUAAUAAAAAAUUAUUAGUAUUGAUUCAGAUGAUGAUUUAGAAGAAUAACAAAAAAAAUCAUCAAUUUAAGUUUCAAAGAAAAUAGAAAGUAAUAUAUUUUUUUAUAUUUAUUAGAAAUUAGAUGUAAGUCCCAAAAAAAAUCUUAAUUUUUGGCUGAAUAUCGAAAAUUAAAAUUAGAAAGAAAUAAAUUUGAAUUUUAAAUCUAGGAGUAAAUAUAUGAAAUUUCAAAAUUAUAAAAUUAAGUUUAAAUGGAAAGAUCAUAAAAAGAGUUUAUGGAAAAGAACUUAAAACAAUAUUAAGAUGAAUUUUUAAAAUUGGAAGGGCAAUAUAGAAAGUAAAAGAAAGAGUUUGAAAAUAAAAUUUAAUAAAUAUCGUAAGAAAUGGAAUAAAAUUUUGUUUCAAAAGAAUAAAUUAAUUAUCAUUAAUAAAAUUAAUAAUUGUUUUAGUAAAAGGAAUUAGAUAAAAAGUUAAUUUUAGACUUAAAAGAAAAAGUCAAAACGUUAAAUUUAGAAUCUCAAAAAAUGAAAGAAGAAAUAUUUUAAAAAGAUAAUUUAAUUCAAUAGCUGAGAGUCAAAGAAAAUAAAAAUGAAGAAAAAUAAUACAUUCUUUAGAUGAAAUUACAAAUAGAGAAUGAUAAAAUCAUUAUAAAUUCUUAAAAUGAAAGAAUUAAUAAUUUAAUUUAAUAAUUAGAGGAUAAAGAAAAAGAAUUAUAAUCUUUCUAAUAGGAUAAAUUAGAUUGGGAAUAAUUGUAAUAAUUUUCAAGAUAAAUUGCAAAUGAAAAUAGAUCUAAUUCAAAUAAUUAGGAAGAUAUUAAUGAUUUGAAGAAGAAUUUAAAGGGAUUGUAAAAAAAAUUAUCUGAAUAAACUUUGGAAUAUUAAUAAACAAUAGCAGAUUUUGGAAAGGAGUUUUAAAAGACUAUUAUGAAAUAAAACUCUGAGAUCUAAUAAUUAGAAUAAGAAAAUUAAGAUUUAGCAAUUGCUUUAGAAUAAUAUUAAUAACUUUAUUAAUAAGAAAGAAUAGACAGUUUAAAUAAAUCAGAUUUGACUUUAGUUGAAGUUGAGGAAUUAAAAUAAAGAUUAGUUUAGGUUACUUAAGAAAGAGAUCAAUUAUCUAUAAAGAAAGAAAUAAUAGAAAAAAAAGAAUAAUUUUUAUAAAGGAAGGAGGAAGACAUUAGAUUUUAAAAUGAAGAAUUAAAUGAAGAAAAAAAGAAUUUUGAGAAUCAUAUUGAGAAGAAAAAAUCUGAAAUAACAGAAGAUAUUUUAAUAAAAAGAAAUAAAGAAUUAUCAAUAAUAGGAUGUGAUUAUAUUUUAGGAAGAGAAUUGGGAAUUUACAAAUAGAAAUUAAUUGAGGAAUAAGAGAAAUAUAAUGAAUUAAUGAAAAGAUCAUUUCAACAAAUUGAAGAUCCUAAUUAAAAAGGGAAUUAAGAUUUAUAUGAGAAAAAAAUUAUGGAAAAUUAAUUAAAUGAUUUAAAGAAGCAAAUAGAAGAGAUGAGAGCUGAAUAAUUAAAACUUAAAAUGGAUACUAAGAUAUAGAUUGAAGAAUAAUUAAAUUUUUAAGAAGAAAGAUAAUAAUAUUAAUAGUAAAUAACAUAAUUGAUGCAUCUUAAAGAGAAUGUAACAUUAGAAGAUGUUAAAUUAGUAAGAGAGAUAAUUUAAAAUGGAAAAUUAAUCUCUUAUUUGGAAAGAGCUAAAGAUAUUCAUGAACUUUAAAAUUAAAUGCAUUCUUGA